UUUCAGGUUUGAAUUUGUUAUGGAGAAACUUAAUAGGAAUCACUAUGAACUUCUAGGAGUCACAAGAGAUGCAGACUCCGAUGUUAUCAAGAAGGGGUACAGAAAAGCUGCUCUUGAGCAUCACCCCGAUAAAGGAGGAACUGACGAUGCUUUCCAAGCUGUCAAAGAAGCUUAUGAUGUCCUCUCUGAUCCUAUUCGUAAAAGAAAUUAUGACCGAGAUUUGAAAAAGUAUGGAAUGAAAGAUGGAUUGAAGAAGACCAAAUCCUCAACCAAUGCAGCAAGCACUAAGAAUAAUUUUAAGAAGCAAUCGACAACUAAGAAUUAUCAAAGAGAAGAGACAAAGAGUUAUCCAAAAGAAGAAACUAAGAGUAAGAAGCCUGAGCCAACUGCCAAACCUAAGCAGGUCCAAAUUCCUGAUAAUUUGAAAACUCUUUCUAUUAAAGAGCUUAAGGCAUUAAUGAAACAACUUAACCUUAAGAGUGAUGACUGCUUUGAGAAAAAGGAGAUGAUAGAUAGAGUAGAAGAAUACAAGAGUAGAACACAAGGAGGGGGUUCUAAGAAAGCUACUCCUCAGGCUCCUCCAAGAUCAUCUGCUUCCAAACCUACAAGAACUGCUUCAAAUACAAGUACCUCUGCAGGUGCUAUGGGUACUGAUGAGCCAAUAGCCUUCAAAAUCCUCAGUGUUGGAAACCAAGAGGUUGGUAAAAGCUGUCUAAUCAAACGCUAUUGAGAAGGCAGAUUUGUUAAAAGGUAUAUCUCGACCAUUGGAAUAGACUAUGGUGUCAAAAGAAUGAACCUCGAUGGAGCCAAUAUUUCAAUCAACUUCUUUGAUCUUAGUGGUAAUGAUGAUUACAAACUCAUCAGAGAGGAAUUCUAUGAGGAUACUCAAGGUGUCCUCAUGGUCUAUGAUGUUGAUAAUCGAGAUAGCUAUGUUAAUCUAGUCCAUUGGGAAUCAGAAAUGAGACAAAACAGUAUCGAUCUCAAGAGUCUAGGAGUUGUAGUCUGUGCUAACAAAGUUGAUGCUCGUGGAAGAGAAGUAUCAACUUCAGAAGGGCAAAAGUGGUGUAAACUCAGAGGAUAUACAUACUUUGAAACAUCAGCAAAUGAUGGAAAGAAUGUAUCUGAAGCAUUUGAGAGUCUCUUCCAAAAAGUGUUGGAUAAGUUCCGAACUGCACAAAAUAAGUUCGGAGUCUCUUAAGCUAAAAAUUAUUUCUUCUAAUCUGGUCUUCAAUA